UCUACAGAUAUACCUGUUAAUUCUCUACUUUUUCCUCAUAACCCCAGUACAUUUCUGUUUAAUCGCACAUGCAUUUACUGUUUGAGGAAAAAAAACAAGUUUAACUUAUUGCAAUGUAUGAAAAAUGCGUACAAGAUUCACUCAGGAAAAUACCUGGCAACACUGAAUCGAUUCCUUUGAUUCGCAAAUGAUUCGCAAGUGAUUCGCAAGUGAUUCGCAAGUGAUUCGCAGGUGAUUCGCAAAUGAUUCGCAAAUGAUUCAGUUGUUUGAUUCGCGCGAGCGUUCAUGAGCUCCUCUAACGGACACUGUGUUAGCUUAAAUGCUAACUGUCUCCCCUCAGCAGACUGGGGUGUCGUUUAUUACGAAUUAAACACCUUAAAAUAGAUAUUUAAACAUUUUAAUUCAAGCAAGUAGUUAUUUAAUUUAGCAAGAAAUAAAAGAAUUUGUCAUAUUUAACUGUGAGGAGAUGGCAACCGUACUGAAAAAGCGAGGGAAAGCAAAGCAGGAGACUGCUGAGUGGGACAGCUUAUUCCAUCAGGAGCUGAGAAGCCAGGAGCAGUCGUUGGUGUUUGUUAAGCGAAUGCUGGUCCUGGCGGUGUCCUCUAUAACCUACCUGCGUGGGAUCUUUCCAGAAGACGCGUAUCGAUCCCGCUACUUAGAAGAUUUAUGCAUCAAAGUUCUUAAAGAGGACUGCACUUCUCCAGGAGCCUGCAAAAUUGUCAAGUGGUUGAUCGGCUGUUUUGAUGCUUUGGAGAAGAGAUACCUGCAAAUUGUGCUUAUUGGGGUGCACAGAGACCCGGAUGACACUAAUCAUGUCAUAGAGUCUUACCAGUUCAAGUUCAAAUACACAGACUGUGGGCCUCAGAUGGACAUCCUCAGAAAUGAGAACAUUGAGAUGAGGGUGACCAUGGAGGACACAAAGAAGGCCUCGGUUCUGCUGAUCAGGAAGCUUUUUCUCCUCAUGCAGAACCUGGACGCUCUGCAAGAUGAUGUCUAUCUCACCAUGAAGCUCUACUAUUACGAUGAUGUGACCCCAUCAGACUACGAGCCACCGGGCUUUAAGGAGGGAGUGUGCGACAGCCUGUGGUUCGAGGGCACAGCGGUGCACUUCAGAGUGGGAGACCUCCAGACUCCCUUCCACGUGCUGAAGGUUGGAGUGGCAGCCGAACAGGGCCGCGUGAGUAAACUGCAGGAGGGCAACCACCUGAGAGAAAGCGUCCAGGACUCCAUGCAGGAGGUGCCUGGACAGCGCAGGGAGGAGGAUCUGCCAUCUGAGGAUGAGUCGGCUGCGCAGUUCAAGCAACCCACAAAAGCCCCAGUGAAGAGAGGAGGCAACAAACUGACAAAGAGAAGGAAGAAAGAAAUUUAAAAGCUCUCCAUAGGAGUUUGUUAGGACUGAGGUCGUAUGUUUGCAGUACGUAUACCCACGUGUUUAUUUGUGCCUUAAUUUUAUGACAGUAUGCUGGAGGGAAACACUGAAUUAUUUAACUGUUGUAACUUCUUAAGUUUUGUUGUUCAAAUGUUAUUGAUCUUCCUGAUGAUGCCCUUUCCAAGAUUGUAAUUCAAUAAAAAUACAGAAAGAGAAAGAAAUAUGCAAUGCA